GUGUCACUCGCCAGACUCGCCUCCUACCGCUCCGCCGCCCCGCACCAUUCUUUCUUUGCGCUUGUCAAUUUUGUGAUUCGCGUGUAAAUCUAGUUGCACAAAAUGCAGAACGACGCCGGCGAAUUCGUUGACCUGUACUGUCCAAGGAAAUGCUCAGCAAGUAACCGUUUGAUCCACGCAAAGGACCAUGCGUCUGUCCAACUGGUGAUUGCAGAUGUGGACCCCGCCACAGGCCGCGCUGCAGACUCCGCAAAGAUGUAUGUGGUGUGUGGAGCCAUCAGACGCAUGGGGGAGAGCGAUGACUGCAUAGUGCGGCUCACCAAAAAGGAUGGAAUUUUGGCCAAGAACUACUGAUGGGGUAGUUGUAAGAGAAGAACAUUCAUUCAUAAAUAAACACUUUAAAAGUUAGCAUUUUUGUUUUAAUUUUUGCUAUACCAAUUCCAAGUAUUUAAGACUCAUUAAGUU